AGAAACAAUGAUAGAAGACGAGGUACCAGAGGUGUAGCAAGAAGAGAUCAAACAUCGAGAAUGUUUUCAAACGUGGGUAGCGGAAAGAGGCUCAUGUCCAUUUCGAUGAAAGAUACUAUACUUUGGAAUCCUUCUCGCGAUCCUCAACGACCAAACUAUGCAUUUAUCGAAUCCGUUCUUCCAUUUCUUUACCAAAUUUCAAAUUAUUACGUCAUUACAUUAAUCACACCUGUAAGCACACCCGAGGAACGCGCGGCCAUUAUCUCACUCCUCCGCAACGCCAGGCUGUUUGUUGAAGGAGUUAUUGAUGAGCGAAGAGUGCUAUUUUGUGAAAGCGAAGUAGGCAAAGUGCAUAUAAUCAAACAUAUUGGUGCGAGUGUGCAUGUUGAAGGUGCAACAGGGAUGGUGGGAGAGAAUAUCAUCGAGGACGUUAGAACUUUUGUUGGGAAAGUUGUUUGGAUUAUGAAGCGAAUAGAUAGAGAGAGGGAUGGUGAAAAUAAUGGAAGCGGAAAGGAGAAAUAUGAAUCGAGUGAAUCGAGUGCCUUGAAUAAGCCUGUUGAUAGAAACAAGUGGAACAACGUUGAGAUUUCUGAAAGUCUGGUAAUGAGCCAUCUUGGCAGAGAGUCUAGAAG